AUGGAUGUUGUGGGUGGUAUCGAUUCAAAUUGUCAUAAAAAUAUUGAUGAUAUAUCAUCGAAUGUUACUCAAGUAGUCAGUGCCACAACGAAUAAUAUUAUUGUCAUCGAAGAAGAUAGUGCUGAAGCUGAAAAUGAAUAUGAUGCAUUAUUUCAUUCAAAACGAUUUACUAAAUGGCGUAAAAAUUGUCCAUAUUUAUAUAAACUACUCUUCUAUGAAUUAUUUGAUUAUCCUUCGGCAACCAUUCAAUGGUUGCCGUAUGAACAACCAAAAUUAGAUGGUAGUAACUCAACAAUUUAUCGUCUGUUAACUGGAACGCAUGCAGCUGAAAAAAAUGAAUUAGCUUUAUUAAAUGUUGAUAUACCAAAUAUGAAAUAUGAUCCAUCAAAACAACCGACAAAAUAUUUUGAUGAAGAUUCCGGAGAUUAUGGUGGAUUUGGUGUUUUUCCAAUAAGUGGUGAUAUACAACCAUACGUACGAAUUUGUCAUUAUGGUGAUGUGAAUAAAGCACGUUAUAUGCCACAAAAUUCAUUUCUCAUUGCAACUUGUUCAUCAGAAAAUCUUGUACUCUUAUUUGAUUAUGGUAAACAGCCAACAAAACCAAAUGUAGAUGGAAUAUGUCGACCACAAAAAGUAUUGCAAGGACAUACGGAUGAAGGUUUUGCGUUAUCAUGGCAUCCAUAUCAAGAAGGAUUAUUGUUGACGGCAGCACAUGAUGGUACAAUGCGUCUAUGGAAUUUUGAAACAUCAUCACCAUCAACAUUAAACACAGUAACACCAUCAUCAAAUUUAAUCGAAUGUAAAUCAAUUAUCCAACCACUAGAAACCUAUCACUCAGAUACAAAUACUAUUGAUGAUGUACAAUGGCAUCCAAGACAUGCUGCUCUAUUUGGAACAGCUGCGUCGGAUGGUAUUUUACUUAUAUCAGAUAUACGAUCAUCAUCUGGCGCGUCGAAAUUAAUUAAACAGCGUCUUCCAAGUUCUUCAUCUGAUAAACCAUCACCAACAAUUCAGUUUCGUGUUAAAGCUCAUCAGGGUGAUUGUAAUUCAUUCCAUCCAUUGAAUGAUUAUGCGCUCUUGACUGGUUCUGAUGAUCAGACAAUUUUAUUAUGGGAUAUGCGUUGUUUAAACAAGCCAGUAUCAUCAUUUUUACAUCAUAACGGCUCGGUUUUACAGCUUGAAUGGUGUCCAUUUAAAUCAUCAAUGUUUUCAUCGGCAAGUGCUGAUUCUCAUAUACUCGUAUGGGAUAUAGAAAUAAACAACGAUGAUCCUACAAAAUCAUCAUCCUUGAUAUUCGAUCAUGCUGGACAUGAUGAACAAGUUCCUGAUCUUAAUUGGCAUUAUUCAAAACCCGGUAUGAUUGCAUCAGUUUGUGCAGAUUCAUCAAUUCAAAUAUGGAUUGGUGAUGCCGUUUAUAGAGCCAUUAAUAAAUAG